UUAGCAGCAACAAGAGGAAAUGAAUCUGAAGAAAGGGAGGGCUGGUAUUAUGACAAAACAGAUUGAUACUAAAAUAAUGAAUACUUUUUCUCCUUCCAUUUGCAGAUCAGAUCAGAUCAGAGAUUGCUUGCUCUAUGAACUGCUUUGUUUAUAAAUCUCAGUUUCUCUUAACCCUAUGUAAUUUAUUUUCUUUCUUUCUUUUCUUUCUUUCUUUCUUUCUUUCUUUCUUUCUUUCUUUCUUUCUUUCUUUCUUUCUUUCUUUUCUUUCUUUCUUUCGGAUUCUCUUAACACCAUUAUUUAUUUAUUUAUUUAUUUGUUUGUUUGUUUAUUUAUUUAUUUAUUUAUUUAUUUUCUUCACCAGGAGCAAAAAUUCAACUGAACCUGUAACAAUCCAGCCAUGUCCCACAGGUACCUUUGCUACUUCCAACAUGACAACCCUGUUACACACUGGAGGCAACUGGUCCACUGGUCUGUUUGAUAUCUGCAGUGACAAGACAAUUUGUAUGUGUGGCUUGUUGUGCAGCCCAUUUCUGGAAUGUAGACUUGCGAGCAGGUAUGGUGAGUGCUUUUGCUUCCCAUUACUUCUGGGUUCAACCUUAGCCCUAAGAGCUGGCAUCAGAGAGAGACACAGCAUACAUGGAACUCUCUGCGAAGACUGGAUGGCAGUUCACUGCUGCUGGCCAUGUGCAAUCUGUCAAAUGGCUCGAGAAAUAAGGAUAAGAUCUCUGCUCCAGGUCUACAAAAUACAUCGAUUCCCUCCUCCUCCUCCUCUUCUGGCCAAAGAUGCACUUGUUUAAAAAUGCUCCCCCCCGUGUCUCUAGAGGCCCCUUUAAAGGCUAAAAGAUGUUCCGUGUUCUCUUCGCUCCAGCCACAGUAGUUAGAAGAGCCGUCAGGCCUCUGGAGUUUGGCAUCGCCAUAUGUGCAAUCACUUCUAUUUGCUUUGCAUCGUACUUAUCCUUAUGGCUUUAUCCAUCUGCAUUGUCAGGAUGCCUGAAGUAUUCUGACAUUUCCCCCUUUUCCACUGAAUGAAAACCAGGAAGUGUGGCUCAGUUUUCAAGCACAAGGGGUUAAAUUAACUUCACUCCUUGCACAUCCCUGCAGGCAAUUGUGCUUGACAGAUGAUCAGAAGCAAACUCUCCAGCUCUGACAAUUUAUUAACUAAUCACCAGCAGAGGAGUUUAAAUGGUACUCAUCAUGAACUGGGGCUACUGUUCAAGAAUCAGGCUGUUUGUUUCCGAAAUGUGGCACAUGUUUCAUUUUGGCCAACUUUUCAUUUUGCUUCCAAGAAUCAGAGGUGGGCAGCUUCAUAUUCCCUGCCUAGGAUACACUUUCAUGAAACAACCAGAGGAUCCAGCAGUGUGCAAGUCUUUAGGGCAGGAGUCCACAAUCUUGUGGUGCAGAUGGCGUAUUAGAAAUGUGGGCUCUCUUCCAAGAAUGGCUGCUGGGCAUUAGCUUAUUCACAGAUUGGAUUCAGUGAGUGCCAUGACUUCACCUAUUAAAAGCACCUAUUUAUCAACAUUUUCCUUUGUCCUUUUCUGGGAAAAUGGGGAUACUUCUAAAGACAACUCCAGAAUGCACCCAACCAUCUCUUUUGUUUUCUAAAAUAGACUAGGAGGUUCAUUGAAGUGGGGGGGGAAACACAUGUAUGCCCAGCAGUUACAUUUUAUUUGAGCUACUGUA